AUGGGCACGUUAGUCGUUGUAUAUGCGACACAAGUGCUGCUAGUGAUGUCCAACAGAGCAUUUGGCGAUAUGGGAAUUCGGUUGAACUUGCUAUCGCUUGACAUCACUCACUUCUCACUUCGGAAUAUUAAGACGCCCUCACCGUUAACCACAGACAGUGCCACAACCGAAGCGCAUCCUGCAGAUAAGCUUUGCAUGGAUUUAACUGGAUUAUGGCAAGUCUAG